AGAAUUGAUCCGAGAAUUGAACAGAACCUUUCAAGGGGCAGUGAGUGUUGGUUGCCUUGGCAUUUGUAGCUGACCCAAGGAUCACGCACGGACCGUGGACAGUUGGCUACCGACCCAAGUCCGUCGUCCGCCCUUGAGUCGAAUUCAUUAUUAUUGUGGGGUGGCUAUUGAUAGGAUUGACAUCUAACCGUGGGGUUGUGGGAUGAAGAUGCCGAUCACACACGACACUCGAGCAGCUCUUCAACUCCUGAAGGAGGCCAAGGCCGAUUUGGGCUCCUCCGGGGGACCCGGGCUCGAUCAGGCCAUCCUCAGUCAAGACUUGAGCACCUUGAUCUCGGUGCUUGAAAGUCCCGUGUUCCAGGCCAUUCUCAACAUUCAAGAUUCCUUAGGCGAGCUCAAAAGACAGGUUCAGCUCCAUCCCUCGAUUUUGCCAUCGGAUUUUGACAUUGACGUCAACGGAGAUCUGAUCCUGAAUUUGCCCGAUGGCGGGGAUGACCUCUGCCCGCCGCGGCGUGACUCAUCCAGUCGCCCGUCCGCUCAUUUCACGUCGCCACCCGCCAUCGUCCCUGCCCGCACCCCUGCACCCGGAUUGGACCCACGAUUUCAAUCCAUCAUGUCUGACUCGGCCGAAGGACGGGAGCUUAAGUACAUUGAGUUAAGUAAGCUCGAAGGCCACAGUUUAGGCUUCUCGGUGGUGGGCCUGAAAAGCGAGCACAAGGGCGAAUUGGGAAUCUAUGUGCAAGAAAUCCAACCCGGGGGAAUAGCCGCGCAAGACGGCCAAUUGCUCGAAGGCGACCAGAUUUUGGCCAUCGACGGCCAGCCUCUGGAUUCGAAUAUCAGUCAUCAUCAAGCGAUUAAUAUCAUGCAGAAAGCCCGAGGACGGGUUCAUCUGGUGGUGGCUCGUGGCACUGACCCGGGACCAGAAACGACGGCCAGAGACCCGCCAGAAGCUUCUCGUGUUCUCAACACGGAUUGGUGCCAAGUGGAAGUGAUCGAGCUGACUAAUAAAGGUGCUGGGUUCGGUUUUGGCGUCAUGCCCGGUCAACAAUCAGCCGGCGUAGUGGUGAAGACGGUGGUGAGGGACGGUGUGGCCGAUGAAGAUGGGCGUCUCCAUGCUGGAGACUAUAUCCUCCAGAUUAACGACCAAUGGCUACAAGGUGUGGGUAUUGAACAAGUGGCGAAUGUGCUACGACGAUCUGGCAAUAAUGUUCGACUGGUUGUGGCUCGAGAAGUUGACCCUUCUGAUGGGAGUCAGGUGAAGCCUCACAUACCCAUCUUACCAUCCUCCAUGCUCACCAAAAAGGCGGAAUUAGAGACUCAUUUGCAGAUUGCCGUCGUAGCCAAUAACAGCUUCAAUGCGGUGGCACCCAUCCCGCCAGAUCUGACCCGUAUCCCUUCUGACAUGGUCCUUUCAACCGAGUCUGAUCGGGUUUUGAAUAUUCAACAGCACAAAUCCGGCGCAACUUCGAUAUCUGUCGACCAAAAUACAAGUCCGAUUCAAGAAGAUCUCUUGAUGGGCUCGGGUCGCCCUUCCAAAGUACACCAAACAGCCGCAGGUUCAAUGAUAUCCGAGAUACCGGAAAUGGAUACGUUUCAAGUCGAAUUGGUCAAGGAUGCCCAAGGCUUGGGCAUCACGAUUGCCGGCUACACUUGUGAAAGGGAAGAGUUGUCGGGAAUAUUUGUCAAAUCGGUCAAUGAAGGGAGCGCGGCUUUCAAAUCAGGCGAAGUGGCGGUUAAUGAUCAAAUCAUCGAAGUGGAUGGCAAAUCGAUUCAAGGCUUCAACAACCAGCAGGCAGUUGAGAUGCUUAGGAGCACGGGCCAAACGGUGCGCCUCAAGCUCGUUCGUUAUGUCCACGGCCUUAAGUUUGAGCAACUCCAGCAAGCCAUUGCUAAUAGUCAAACUGGAAGUGAGGUCACGACCCCAAAUGCAUCCUCCCAGGCGGCCUUUUCGCCUCCUGCUUCCACCACCCAUGUGGUGCCUGUUAUUGGCCAAGCUAACACUCCUGUCGGGAGUGACGAUUCCCAUUCGACUAAUUCUUUCAAUCAACAACUGUCCCCAGAGACUUCUCCUCUGCAAGAAUUGAUUUCAAACCCCGCCGACACCACCGAGUAUUGGCAACAGCAACUUGGACCCGGUCAUCGCAUUUUAAGUGCCAUCAUCCACAAGCAAAAACCGAACGGAGGCCUCGGUAUCAGUUUAGAAGGCACCGUUGAGAAAGUGGACGGAGAAGAGAAAAAUCCUCAUCAUUACAUUCGAUCGGUACUGCCCAAUGGCCCAGUGGGGAUGAGUGGGAUCCUUCAGAGCGGGGAUGAAUUGCUCGAGGUGAAUGGGCGGAAGCUGUUGGGAAUCUAUCACACCGAUGUGGUGGCCAUCCUCAAGGACCUACCAAUGGAGGUCAAAUUAGUGUGCGCUCGCAGCUACAGCCAGAGUGCUUCCGUCGGAACGAAACACGACUUCCCUUUAGGUGGGACUUUUCGUAGUGAAAUCAUAGCCAACUCGGAGCGAAUGGUCAAGGCUAAGUCUGAUGUAUCCAUUUCCAGCGCCGGAACUGUAACCGAGUCUUCCCAGCAACCCCACCAAUCAAAACUGAAAUCACGCUCCCUCGAGCCUUUGACCAGUUUAGCCAUGUGGUCAGAGCAACUCCUUGAAAUUGAAUUGCUUAAGAGUGACCGCGGGCUUGGGUUUUCUAUUUUGGAUUAUCAAGACCCAAUGAACAAAGAUGAGACCGUGAUCGUGAUCAGAAGUUUGGUUCCAGGAGGAGUGGCCCAGCAAGAUGGCCAGCUCAUCCCUGGAGAUCGACUCAUGUACGUGAAUGACGUCAAUCUUGAGCAUGCCAGUCUCGAUGAAGCCGUUCAAGCUUUAAAGGGAGCUCCGCGCGGAAUGGUGCGCAUUGGUGUGACCAAGCCUUUGCCCUUACCGGAGACCUUAUCACAAAUGGAAGAAGAAGAAGACGAAUCCACCAAUACGGCAUCCUCGUCAACGCCCUUUGAUAAUACUGAGCUCCAUUCGGGUUCGAGUGAGGUCAAUACUGAACGGAUGAGUCCCAUGAAUUUGCCCGAUCUACCCCCCGAUGACGAAGAAACCAUCCCUCCCCCAUUGCCCACGAGCCCACCUCCAACUGAGGACUUCAGCCGAGUUCCAUCAACCGAAAGAUUGUUAGGAGCGAGUAGUCGAGACCUCAUUUCCGCGCGCUUCGUCAGUCGAGAGGAGACCGAUCAAGAUAUUGUGCCUCCCCUGCCCACGGCUUUGGAGCGAACUAUUGUGGUCCGGAAAGACAGCGACACUUUGGGCAUCCAAGUCGACAUUGAAGAUGAAGGCAUUAAUGGUUUGGUAGUAAGAGCAGUGACCCCAGGAGGCACUCUUGCUCGGGAUGGUCGGAUUCAUCCAGGUGAUAACUUGGUAGCCGUCAACGGGGAAGUAAUGAGAAAGGCCAGCCAUUCCCAAGCGCUGGACAUUCUUCGCCGCACACAUAUGAUUGGCUUAAAUGAAAAGAUCCAUAUGACCUACAUUCCCGCAGGAGAUGCUGCAGUGUAUCGUGCAAGUGCAAUAACACGCAUCGCAGAGGAGAGAGCCGAGAAUGCAGAGAGCGAGGCCGCUGCCAUCCCAGAACCCGAGGACGACACAGACAUAGACGAACAAGACGCUCGAGGCCUGCGAAGAGGAAAUGUAGAAGAGCGGCAAAGAAUGUCGAACUCGGUGGAGCGUCACGCGACAGCAGCAGUCUCAGAGAAAGCCAAUGGAACCACUGUUAUCUCGAUCAGAAGCAGUGUGGAACCCCCGCUACCCCCUCCUCCUUCGCCCCCUCCUCCUCCGCCGUUUCAACGCCAGACUCAACACGAGAGCUAUCCCACUGUCUCCACGAACAAUGCCCAAGUCAAUGCUCCGCUAGUUUCACCAGAGGCCUCUGACAUCGCUUCUGUGUAUGGAGGAGUCCAGAGCCCGGAAAGAACACUCACCAUUCAAUCUGUCACCCUCGAUGAGAGCUCUACUGACCCUCCACUUGGCACCGGGAGAGAUCCAAGCCAGUUCCCUGUGGUUCCUCCAAGACCAUCCAAAGCCUCUGGCUCGGUCUCGACGUCAUCUAGUAGCUCGGCCACUUCCUCUCCCGCCAAAAUUGUUAGCACAAAAGACUUCAUUUCCGGAGCCUCCGGUGGUGGUGGAGGAGGAAGAGGAGGAGGAGGUGGUGGUGGUGGAGGAGGUGGGUCCAUUUCAAGCGGUGGAAUUAGUGGAGGCGAGGCUCAAGAAGAAGAGGAAGAGGAGAAGGACCAGAGCACCACCCUCACGUCAACAACGGCGUCCAAUGCAUUCAGCUCACAAAAUUGGGGUCCCGAGCGGCGGGUGCGGAUCCAACGGGUUCCAAAUCAAGGCCUUGGAAUCUCCAUCGUGGGUGGAAAAGUGGAACAACCUCCAUCGAAUGUUGAUAGGAACUCGACGAGCCCCUCUCAAAAUAUUCCGGUGGUGACUGGGAUCUUCAUUAAAAAUGUCUUGGAAGGAAGUCCUGCAGGCCUCUCACAAGAACUUUUCACGGGUGACCGCAUCUUGGCCGUUGACGGGCGCGAUGUUGCCAAUGCCACCCAUGAUCAAGCUGUUGAUGUUAUUCGUCAGUCUGGUGAAAUAGUAGAAUUCGUCGUUCAAUCUCUGUUGGGUGUAACGAAUACCACUGCCUCCUCAACCCAAGCAGAAUCGCCAACCCAUUCAGAUAUGUCGGAUUCUGUAGCCACCUCGCUUCCUCCCCCUCCACCCCCUUUGAUAGAUAGUGUUCCGCCCGAAUUUGCCAAUGACCCCGUUCUCCAAGGAUCCGAAGAUAGUGCCACCGAAAUUCCAGGUGAUCUCUCUUCUGCAUCAUCCGGCUCCACCUCAUCCUCUUCAUCGUCCCUUGGAUCUGGUGAGAGUUCCACCGAAGAUGAGAACGUUGGCAAGGAUGUUGCGCAAUUCUCGGGGCAGCACACUUUGCCCAAUGGAAUCAUCAUCGACAAAUCAUCUGCUGCCUAUAUUUCUAAGAGUGCCAACGAUCCGGAAGAAGAGGAUGAUUUUGGAUACACGUUGAAGAAGAUCCAAAAGAAGUACAAGAAUGCAAAAGGUGAGCUUGUGUAUGUGUCUCUCAACAAAGGCACUCAUGGUUUGGGCAUUAGUUUGGCUGGCAACAAAGACCGAUCCAAAAUGUCGGUCUUUAUAUGCGGGUUGAACCCACAGGGUAACGCUUUCCGAGAUGGAAGAAUGCAAGUGGGGGAUCUGAUUCUCGAAGUAAACGGCACCGUGAUAUAUGAUCGUCAUCAUUUGAACGUCUCAUCAUUCAUCAAACACCUGCCCGAAUCAGACGUCACUUUUGUGCUUCGGAGAGUUGGUAUGGGCGUUGAAAAUUUGGCUGUAAAACCCCUGAAUCAAUUCCCACCGCAUCCGUACAAAGAGAAUCCCAUUGAGCGAUACACGGGGAAAUACAAAGGACUCCGUGAAGUGAAUAUUCUGAAAGGAGAACAAGGGCUUGGGAUUAUGAUCAUUGAAGGCAAGCAUGCGGAGGCCGGCUCUGGUGUGUUCGUCUCUGAUCUCCAACCCGGAUCUUGUGCCGACGAGGCCGGAUUGCAAAGAGGUGACAUGAUACUCUCUGUUAACGGAGAAGAUUUUGUAGGGGUCAAUUACGACUCGGCUGCCAAGAUUCUAAAGAACUCGGAAGGCUUGAUCAAAAUGAUCGUUGCCAAUCCGAUGAGCCAGCCUAAAGGGCCAGAAAAGACUCCCACACCAAUUCAAAGUUCUGUGCCGGUCAACGAGUCAACGAAACCAGAAAGUCCGGAUAAGCCCAAACUUCCACCCAAACCUCCAAUCGCUCCCAAGCCAGCGGCAGCUUCGCCUAACCAUGUCCCCUCUCCCACUCCCAAUCAAUCAACCACGGUCUCUCUACCCACCGUUAGCACAGUGACGAGCACUUCAACUGCCAAUCUAAAAGCUUCAUCGGUCGCCCCCUCCAAUGCUACUGCGGCCCUUGACGGCAAUAAAUCCAAAACUCGGAAGCCAGUGGCAUCUCCCCGAAGGAAACCCGGAGAUGAGACGACCAACCCCGCCACUUGUGAGAUUAUUCCCGGAAAAGACACCGUGAUUGAGAUUUGUAAGGAGAAAGACGAAAACGGCAAACCCAUGGGUCUGGGCCUGUCCAUUGUGGGUGGAUUCGACACGCUGAUUGGAGCGGUGUUCAUCCACGAAGUUUAUGAGAAAGGAGCGGCCUUUAAGGAUGGUAGGCUUCGACCAGGCGAUCAGAUUCUUGAAGUCAUGAAUGAGGAUUUAAGGAAUGUGCCCCAUACCCAUGCUCUUCACACCCUUCGACAAACCCCAAACCGAGUACGGCUAGUUGUCCACCGAGAGGAUGACGAAGUGUACGAGAUUCUAGACGUGGAGUUGAUCAAAAAGAAAGAUCGAGGAUUGGGUCUGUCCAUCGUGGGGAAGAAAUCUGGUCCGGGAGUGUUUAUUUCCGAUGUGGUCAAGGGCGGUGCCGCCGAAUCGAAUGGACGUUUGGUUCAUGGCGAUCAGAUCAUCUCCGUUAAUGGGAACGACCUCACCAACAGCUUCCAAGAAGACGCAGCUCCCAUUCUCAAAAUGUCCAUGGGGAAGAUUCAGAUGCGCGUCCGAAGACUCCGGGUAGGCAACCGCAAACAUCACGACGUGGCCCAUUCGAGAGAUAGCAGUAUUCCCAGCAAUGUCCCAGGCACAACAGGAGGGACUGUCAAAUCGGUGGAGUUGAAGCGUGGCGAAAAGGGGUUGGGAUUUUCCAUCGUCGGUGGCUUCGGUAGUCCCCACGGAGACAUGCCCAUCUAUGUGAAAACUGUUUUCGAGACGGGAGCUGCCGCCGAUCACGGGGGUUUGAAACGCGGGGAUCAAAUCUUGUCCGUGAACGGGAAAGCUUUAGAGGGCCUCACUCAUUUGGAUGCUGUCAACAUCUUGAAGAACUGCGAAGGCACCGUGACGUUUAAGAUUUUGUCCUAAGAAGAUAUGUAUUACGUUCGGGUUGACUCUGAUCUAGAAUGCGUCGUGUGAAUAAUGAAUCGUAAUGAAUUAUAUUCAAAAUGAAUUUGCCAAAUAAGACCUAUAACUGAUCUAUAUACAGAAUCAUGAUCGUAUAUGUCCUUCACACAAACCGCCUCUUUCAGAGAGGAGGGGUGGACUCCGUGUAAAAUCCAAAUCUUUUAUUGCUUACGUGUAUAGCAUAGAUAUGAUGAACCAUGAGAAACAAACAAAUAAACGAGAGUAGAAUACA